AUGCCAGCACGUUCGUUCCGUUUGGAUAAAACUGUUACAGGAAGCAGUCGCAUCGAGGCAAAUAAGAACAGGGUUCCUCGUUGUUCUCUCCAAUCGCCUCCCGAUAAACCAGCAACUGUAACUCCAGCUAAGUCAUCCAAACCCUCUAGGAUAAGAAAGCAAACAGAGUAUUUCAAUCCGCUCGAAGAAAACAAAAAACCGCAGCACAAACAAUCUACAAAAACUCCAACCAAGCAGAAAAUCGACAAUGAUCGUCCAGUUCCAAUCAACUUUAAGAUAGAAGAAGGGACGCUUACCCUAAAACCGCUUUCAAAAGAGUUCUUGUGCUAUCAUUGCAAUUUCGGUGGAGAACUAUUGCAGUGUCAUCAUGCUUCGAUUGCUGGUGACAUUCCUGAAAUUGGGUGCGGCAAGGUGGUACAUCCAUUCUGUGUAGGACGAGAGGAAAUCCCCAAGGGUGGCUGGAUAUGCACUACAUGCUGCGUUCGACAUGACCACAAUGUGAAAAUGCCCAAAGAAUUGAGAAAUAAGGACAUUGUGGACUACGGAUAUUCAUUUAGCGAUGAAUCGGAUUUUAACUUACAAGAGCAGCAAUUUCAAUUUGAACAAGCAAUGGAAGAGUGGAAACAAAGGAAGCCAAGUACAGCUGGCAACUUAAUGUGGCGGCCAAAAAAUCUCUCUGGUUCUAUGUUCGAUGAUGAAUACAUCGAGGACGAGGAGGGUGAUGCUGAUUCUUCUGUCCAUUCCGUAGGACCAUGCGAUGUGUGUAAGGAAGAAGGAGAAUUGAUUCGAUGUCACUCUCUAUUGGCUGGAAUUGGCUGUGGAAAGGGGGUACAUAUGUAUUGUGUUUUUCGGGAGGAAAUGCCCGAAGGAGACUGGGUGUGUGAAGAUUGUGCAAGGGUCAACAACUUGAAUCUAGACAAACAGUAUCCAGCAAUGGGAUACGAAUAUCCCAGUGAGUCUCUUGACUCGAUUCCAAAAGGCGAAGACACAUUCGAUUGGGACGAAGACCUCGGACAUCGAAUUCAGGUUGGGUCUCGAAUUGGUGUGUAUGACGAAGAGGACGAUGAAUAUGAAAAUGGAACUUUGGUAUCUAAAGAUAUGGGUAGAGGCGUUUUCCGUUUGUUAUUCGAUGACGGAGAGCGAAGAACUGAAAGCAUGAGAGGUCGACGAAUAAGAUUGCUUUUCGAAAAAGAAAUCAGCUACAAGGACUUAAAAUUGAAAAUGCGCUUGUCUCUGGAUCCAUCACUGUCGCAUUAUAUUAUCUGCGGAGGCGGUGUCACAAGGGCGCACAAUCGAAAACAUGCACACCGACUUUUGGAGCAUUACGUCGAUGUUCUCCUGGACGACAACAGUACAACGUCCUUGGAAAUGGAAGACAGCGAUAAUGAUGUUAUGUGUCAGGAAGUAUUGGAGAAGUUGAAGAAUGACAGCAUUGAGUUCAUACAAUGGGAUGCUGCCCUUGGGGGUUUCGGAAAGGCAUCCAAAGGGGAAAUACAAAAGAAAAUCACUUUUGCUUUUGAUGAGAAGCGUGAGGAGCGAGCUCGAAUGCCUGUUCAACCAACAGUCAUUCCUCAAGAUGACGCCCCGAUCCUCCAUGCGCUACUAGUGAAUGGAGGUCGUCCACUUUCUAAUGUACCGCAAAUACCGCGAAAAUCAGUCGCAGAUGAUCCCUUUUCGGUGGUAGAGCGGUUGCAUAAUAGGUAUCGACGACAUUGUGCUCGGGAAUCUGGAAUCAUUUCGAUGCAAUGCUUUAGCGACACACUAGAUGAAUCUGAAUUGAUCGAAUCUGCUUCCGCAUUGAUUCGACUUCAUCAGAAGGAAGUUAUCAGCAGCAUAUGGGACAGUGAUAUUUUCGACGAUGCAGAAGUAGAGCAGUCUCAAGACCGAAGCACUGCUAAGGUCCUUACAAGAUUUUCACUACCUCAAAGAAUGUUUCAGCAGAAUCUGAAGGAGCGCAAUCGCAAAGAGGCUAUGUCCGAAAUCCCCGGGCUGAGCGGUGGCAAGUUCGAGCCGCUUGUCCUAACACAGUCGGUUCCACCAAAUAGGAAACGGGGUCAACCUUCAAAGGAGUCAACUCCGUCCAAGAAACUCAAGACUGUGCCCAAAGGACCGACUGCACACACCAACUCGACCAACAGAAAAGUCAGAGUACUCAAACAUCAGGUCAAUCAGUGGGAAACGCAAUUGAAAACUGCUGCUCGCUUCCGAAAGAAGCACGGUCACUGUAAUAUCCCAUCCGUUUACCCACCUGAUCCAGGGUUGGCUAGUUGGGCCAAACGGCAACGUCAUCAGUAUCAAUUGUACCAUCGAAAGUACGAUAGAUGUACCAUGACACCGGAACGCAUCGAGGCCUUGGGUAAGAUUGACUUUUGUUUUGACAAGCAACAAAUCAAGUGGUUUCAGCGAUUUGAAGAACUCAAGGCCUAUCGUAAGAAGCAUGGUCAUACUCGUGUAGUAUCCACCGACAAGCCGGAGCAACAGCUUCGAGCUUGGAUCAAACAUCAGCGAUCGCAAAAGAAACAAUUUGAUCAAGGAUUGGCGACGUUUAUAAAUCAAAGUCGAAUCGACAAGCUUGAUAGCAUUGACUUUUGUUGGCAUAUACGGGGGUUGAAGAACGCCGAACCAUCUAUUCCCGCCAAGAAACUGCCUGCGACUGACAGAAACGUGAAGAAUAAUGUGACCAAGAGCAGGGACCCGGGCGCAAGAAGCUCACGCCACACCGAUCAAAAAUCAACAAGACUAUCGUCCAGAGCUAGAAAACCCCGGAAGUGA